AUGAAACUUCUUUAUAAGGAUGAGCCUAGAACAUUAGUGCUCAGCUCUGAAACUUAUAGUCUUACAUUUCGCACCAAUUCUAAACAGACCCAACUGCCGAAACCAACGGUUAAUUUAGAUCUUGUCCCCAAUGCAAGUAUCUCGCGAGAUGAGAAUUUUCGACCAUUGCUUAGAAGAGAUAUUUCAGGUUGUCUAGGUCUAAUAUAUAUUGAAAAACAAAUAUAUCUUGCCGUGAUUACGAGAGCAACGAAAAAAGUGGCAAGUCCUAUACACGGAGAAACAGUGGACAAAAUUGAUUCUGUAGAUUUUGUCUCCUUAAACAGCAAUGAAUGGGAUUUCAUUGAAAUUGAUAGUCUGGGCUACCCUAUACUUACUGCUGACGAAGCUGACGAAGAAAAAUAUAGCAACCGAGUGCAGCAUCCAUGCUGGGAGUUUAAAAAGUUGCUAUCCAAUGGCUCCUUCUACUAUUCAAAUGACUUUGACUUGACAUCUACUUUGCAAAGUCGAGGUGUAGAAGAUUCUUUGGAUACUAUCAGCCAUUACCUGCCACAAUACAUGUGGAAUUCGUUUUUAAUUGAUGAUAUGAUUCAGUUUCGAUCGAAUUUGGACAAGCACAACCAGUUGAUCUUGGAUGAUAAUCGAUUCCUCACAUCGGUUAUUCGAGGCUUUGCGAAAUCUGUACCGACAAGAGAAGGUGACGAUAGAUUCACCAUCAUAUCAAAGCAAUCGUGGAAAAGAGCAGGGACCAGAUAUAACACUCGAGGAAUCGAUGACAAUGGUAAUGUGGCCAACUUUGUAGAGACGGAAUUCAUCUACUACAACUCACUGAGAUCAAGUGUUUUUACUUAUACACAAAUCAGAGGUUCGGUGCCAACAUUUUGGGAGCAAGAUUCAAGUUUGAUGAACCCUAAAAUUACACUUACACGUUCAGCAGAAGCAACACAACCUGUUUUUAACAAACAUUUUGCCGAUUUAAGUGAAUCCUACGGGGUAUGUCAUAUUGUUGAUCUUCUUUCCAAGACAAAGUCUGCAGAAAUCCAACUUUCAAACAGGUACAGACAACUCUUGAAGAACUCUGAUCGAAAAGAAGAAAUUGAUUAUACCGAUUUUGACUUCCACCAGGAGACUAAAGUUGGUGGGUUUGCAAGUGCAGUGAAAAUUCUCCGACUCCUUGAUGAGUCGUUGCAUCAGUUUGGAUUUUUCUCCUACGAUUUAGAUCUGAAUCAAGAAAUAACUCGCCAAGAUGGUGUCUUUAGAGUCAACUGUUUGGAUUGCCUCGACCGUACAAAUUUAAUCGAGCAAGUCAUAUCUCGUACCGUGCUCGAUCUUAUUUUGCAGAGUCAAUCGAGUAGCCGUGCGAAUCAAGUACGCUCCGAGAAUCUAAAACUUUUGCAUAAUGCAUUGUGGGCAGAUAAUGGAGAUGCCAUUUCCCAAAUAUAUACCGGUACAAAUGCAUUGAAAUCGUCAUUUUCCAGGUCCGGAAAGAUGAACAUUGCAGGUGCCUUAUCAGAUGUCACAAAGUCCGUCUCAAGAAUGUAUCAAAACACGUUUGUUGAUGGUAAAAAGCAAUCAACCAUUGAUUUACUCUUGGGAGUCGCUGGUCCAAAUUCACGUAAAGUGAAGAUUUAUGACCCUGCAAGCGAGUUUGUUUCUGCUGGUUUGAAACAACAGUUGCAUUUAUUUUCGACUAAUGAAAAUAUCAAAAUCUUUACUGGUACAUAUAAUGUCAAUGCAUUAGAGCCGUCUAGUAAUGUUGACCUUACCGCAUGGUUGUUUCCACCCGAAAACGAGUCCUUACCAGAUAUUUAUGCUAUUGGAUUCCAAGAAUUGAUCGAGCUCAAUGCAGGUGCUAUUUUGAAUGCGGAUGCUUCGCGACCUGCGAAAUGGGCUGAAUUGUUGAAUGCACAACUCAAUUCGCAGCACGGAAGCGCACAUGAGAAAUAUGUCUUGUUACGUACCGAGUCGAUUGCGUCGAUGUCUAUCUUCUUAUUUGUUAAACAAUCUGCUGUUCAUCAUGUAACAAAAGUUUCUGGCUCUUACAAAAAGACUGGAUUGGGCGGCAUCGCUGCAAAUAAAGGAGCCUGUGCAGUGAGAUUUGAAUACGGCGCCACUUCGUUUUCAUUGAUUACAUCGCACUUGGCUGCGGGCACAACUGCGGUCAUGGAAAGAUUUAAUGAUUACUCUACCAUCAUGAAUGGAUUGGUCUUUACUAGAAACUAUUCCAUCCAAGAUCAUGACCAUGUGAUUUGGUUUGGUGACUUGAACUACCGUCUCUCAUUACCAAAUUACCAGUGUCGAGAACUUGUAGAAAAUGGGGCAUUUGAUGAGCUUAUCCAAAGCGAUCAGUUGACCGAGGAGCGUCGCAAUAGAGGUGCAUUUCAGGAAUUUAAUGAAGGGCUUGUCAAGUUCUACCCAACAUACAAGUUCGACAAGGGCACUUCAGAUUAUGACACUUCUGAAAAGCAAAGAACGCCUUCGUGGACUGAUCGUGUGUUGUUUAUAAGCAACAAGAAGAAGCGUAACGAUUUACAGCAAUUAAAUUACAACUCGGUAAUGGAUAUAUUUUUGAGCGACCAUAAACCUGUUUAUGCAACAUUUGAAGCCAAGGUCGAAUUCAUCGAUAAGGAAAAGAAAGCAGAGAUAACCAAGUCACUAUACGAUGCAUACCGUAAAGAGCAUGGAAGCUUUGCUGAUCUAGUAUCUUUGCAUACAUUGUCACCCACUCCGUCUACGUCUUCAAGAAAUGAGGGUUUUGCCCAAGAUGCAUUAAACGAUCUUAAUUUAUUAGAUGAUUUUGACCCCAAUGCUCCAUCCUUGCCUUCGCGGCCUCAUCCAAAUAGCACCGCACCCAAGCGUGUUCCACCACCACCAGCAGCAAGAAAAGUCGUACCAGAAGAGACAGCAAAGAAUGGUUUUGGAGGACUGAUAGGUGGUGCCAAUGGACUGAAGAAACCAAAUGGACUCCCGCACCGUCUUCCACCACCACCGCGUUCAUACUCUUCAACAUCAAUAGACUCAACAGCUAAACCACGCCUUGAUUCCAAUGUUGGCAUUAGCACGGCGAAUCCGAACAUGGCCACAGCAAAACCAAAUAUAAAACCCCGGGGUCUCCCACCAGCUCCCCAAUCAUAUUCUUUGCUUGACGAAAAUACUAUUCCCACCCCACCAGCUCCAAGAAGUGUUACUGCUUCUCCAGCGCCAAUGAAAGUUCCUUUUGGGUUUUCCUCAUCUCCAUUAGUUCCUUUAAGCCGGACAGGUUCUAAUGCGUCAUCGCUGAACCAGUCACCAAUUGCAUCUCCAGCUCCAUCAAGAUCGGUAAAAUCACCGCCGAUGGAACAUUCAAAGCCGCCACUGGUACCUACAAAACCCUCGGCAUUGUCUGCAUCGAAAAUCAAGACUACUUCUUUAAAUAAUGAAGAUGAAGGUGAAGGUGAAGGUGAACCCGAAGUUGAAGUGGAAAGAAAAGUUGAUAUCGCAGAUAACAGUAGUAAGGUAGGAAAUAAAGAGGUAAUAAAAAAGGAGGCACCAGUGCCGCCUGCUGCGAGAAGUAUGAGAACUAUGUCCGAUUGGAAACCAUUGGUUCCCAAAUAA